UUGCCCAACAAAGCCGGGGCUGAGCUGGGCUGGGAAGGGCGGUGGCCGCGCCUGGAGACUCCCAAGGGCUCCAAAUCCGGCUGCGGAUCUGCCACAUCCAACCCAGCCGUGCCCGCGCCGGAGCCUCCUCGCAGCCCAGCCAUGCCCACGGAGACGGAGCGCUGCAUCGAGUCCCUGCUGGCCGUGUUCCAGCGCUACGCCGGCCGGGAGGGGGACAACUGCACCCUUUCCAAGAGGGAAUUCCUGGCCUUCAUGAACACCGAGCUGGCCGCCUUCACCAAGAACCAGAAGGAUCCAGGGGUGGUGGACAGGAUGAUGAAGAAGCUGGACCUCAACAGCGACGGGCAGCUGGACUUCCAGGAGUUCCUCAACCUCAUCGGGGGCAUUGCCGUGGCCUGUCACAACAGCCUGGUGGUGAAGGCCCCCGGCCCGUAGGGGGGACACAUCUCCCCCACCACUGUGAACAUUCCCCUGCGCAACUGGAAGCACCAAGAUGGGCACAUCCCCUUCUUUCCUUCCUUCCUUUUUUAUGUACAAAAUAAAAGGUUUAAUAUCCCAGCGUUAAGGUUUUGUUUC